UCCGACGGUCCUACUCCUACCACGUCCUCAUCUGAAACUCUUUCACUUCUCCUUCAUUCCUUCUUCAAACAUACGCACACAAUCCAUACAGGGAAGGAGUGUCAGGCUGAAGGCUGAAGCCAUGGCUGCUGCUCGGUGCUCUCCGGUGGUUCCCACGCUGCUACUCGCCAUCUGCGCCGCGGCGUCCGCCGCAGACCAAGAGCUGACCCACCUCCACUUCUACUUCCACGAGGUCGACGCCGGCGCGCCCAACGCCACCGUCGUCAACGUCGCCAGCCUGCACAGGAACGCGUCGACGUUCGGGGACCUGAACGUGUUCGACAACGCGCUGCGGGAGGGGCCGGACCCGGCGUCGCGGCUGAUCGGCAGGGCGCAGGGUGUCGCCGCGCAUGCGUCGCUGGACGAGUCCGGCGGGCUCACGGCCAUCGCCUUCUCCUUCUCCGACUACGGGGAGUACAGCGGCAGCACGCUGGCGACGCUGGGCCACCUCAGCGUGUCGGGCCCGUCGGAGCGCAGCAUCGUCGGCGGCACCGGCAGGCUCCGGUUCGCGCGCGGGUACAUGACCAGCAGGCUGCUCAGCUCCACGGCCACCUCCAUCGUCGUCGUCUUCGACAUGUACUUCACCCUGGCCCAUUGAUCCCCCAUCACACGAUCGUCCAUGCACUUGUGUGUUAGACUCGGACACGAUCGAAUCGAAAGGAAAAUGGGCACUUUGUUUCAGAUUUAUAUGUUUGUAGAACUCUGGUAAUUGUUUGAAUAAAAAACAUGUCGGCAUUUGUACUGA